CGUACUUGUCUCUCGGCAAAAUAUGUACCUCGUGCAAACGAUCGGGUAGGUUAUGUGGACUUAACUUGUACGUACUGUAAUAGAAUAUCGUUGAGUUUGUGAAGCUAAUAUGUUUUUUAUUGCAUUUGUGCAGCUAAUAUGUUUUUUAUUGCAUUUGUGCAGCGAAAGGAUGAGGCGAUCAGGAGGCCCACCCAGCAUUGGAGGCAUCGGGGAGAACUCGACCCGACCAGCAAAUCUGUUUGGCCACCUCCUCACCCAUGCUCCGGCUACUAUAGGAGCGCGGACAAGUAGCCGAGUCCCUCCAAGUGCAACCUUUGCCCAUCUCGGUCCUUUCGGAGGUGGCCCGUCGCGUGUUCGUUUUCCGGCCACGGGUGUCUCGCCCGUCCAGAGCUCCCAGCUUGUCGCCCCCCUCACCGGCCAUGCCAUGCCUGUGCAAAGCAAUAACGCCAUAACUCCUAAUCUGCUUCGGAGGAACGGUGUUUCAGCGUCUUCGGCUAUGCUACCUCGGAGGAAUGGUGUUUCCGAGUCUUCGGAUAUGCUGGCUCGGAACCACCAUGCCCCGAGCAACGGCAUCAACACCGAAGUGUCGGUGCAGAUUCAUCCCAACUACUACCCCGACUCCAUUUUGGUGAAUCGUCCUUCUGUGCCACGUCAACCUCCAUGCACUUGCACAAGCCGCUCAUUUUCACAGUUUCUGGCACAACCACGACAGGAGAUGCCUAUACAGUUCCGCAUGGAGCAUGGUGUCCCUAGUGGCCCCAUUUCGGUGGCUUCCAAUCCUCUUACCACUUUGUCGAUGCUAGGAGCGUCGGGAUCAAGUCGAGCACAGAUUGUCGGGCUACUCAACAGCGUCCACCCUGCUCGUCGUGGCGCACUUACACAAGAAGCGGGCAACAUAUUUGUGCAGCAGAGAGAGCCGAUUGGUCGCAAUGAUGAGCUAAUGGGCUUCGGCGGGGGUCUCCUCCAUGGGCAUGCGCUUCUUGCGGGCACUGAAUCCGUGCAGCGUACGGUGCUGAUGGGCACCAACGUCGGUCUCUACCAUGGGCAUACGCCUCUUGGAGGCCCCAGAUCCGUGCCAUGCAGACAGCCUACGGGUCUCUUUGCUAGCACGACAAGGGGCGGCGACCAAGCGACCGCGGUAGCGACAAACGAUCCCAUGGCGUGGCGCCUGGCUAGGAUGAUAAGAAUUAGAGAAACUAUGACCAGAGCCCGCACAGACAUCCUCGCAGCUGCUCGUGGUCGUGGGAGGCAAGGUGGUGCAAACCAAGAGAUGUCCGACUAGACCAAUUAGCGAAGAAUAUGAACCUUGCCGGUCGGCGCCUAUCUUCCAUCAGCGUGAAGAAUAAAUCUUAGAUCUGUUUUACUCUAUUGAAAUUGUAUUUUGAAUAAAUGGUCAC